CUUCCCCCGCCCGGGCACUCUCUCUCUCUCUCUCUCUCUCUCUGUGGCUUGAGGCUUCGCACAGCGUCUUCUCGCCGCCUCCUCGCCGACGCCGCCAAAAUAAAACUUGGGCCAAGAUCACGUUUUGAAACUCGGAGCUGGGUUCAACUUAAUUGGGCUGAGUCGGGACAAGUAUCAAGCUCGACCCGACCACGUUUGUCUAUGAAGUGAAGUGACUCAAGAGUAAUGUCGAGGAAAGAGAGCUUUGAAAUUACUGAAACAGAGAUAGAGGGAGGGUUUCUGCAGCGAGGGCUUGAAGCUUGGACUUGGAGGAAGCAAUCGAGUUUGAAAACGGUUCCUUGAGAAAUAUAGUAUAAGGUGCCUUUUUUCGUCCUUUACCUUGGUUAGUUUCGGAGAAAAAGACGAUCCUAGAAGGACUCAAACCCCCUCCCCCCCGACCCUCCCAUUGACACCGACGUCGCCGCACCACCAGCCAUCUUCCGCACCACGAGGUUAUGGCAGGCUCAGAACCUGUGAAUGUAGAGAGGGAUCCAAUACAAGUUAAUGGUACUCCCAGGAAACCACGGAUUCUUCUUGCUGCGAGUGGAAGUGUAGCAGCCAUAAAGUUUUCGAAUCUCUGCCAUUGUUUUUCAGAAUGGGCUGAAGUAAAAGCUGUUGCCACUCAAGCAUCUCUACAUUUCAUAGAUAGGGUGUCACUACCCAAGGAUGUAGUUCUUUAUACUGAUGAGGAUGAAUGGUCAAGUUGGAAGAAAAUUGGCGAUAGCGUGCUUCACAUUGAGCUGCGUCGAUGGGCUGAUAUUAUGGUUAUUGCUCCAUUGUCAGCCAACACACUCGGCAAGAUCGCUGGGGGAUUGUGUGACAAUCUCCUGACAUGCAUUGUGCGAGCAUGGGAUUACAGCAAGCCAUUCUUUGUCGCACCUUCCAUGAACACGUUGAUGUGGAACAAUCCUUUUACAGAGCGACAUCUCAUGUCAAUUGACGAGCUUGGGAUAUCUCUCAUCCCGCCCGUCACAAAGAGGCUGGCUUGUGGAGACUAUGGCAAUGGUGCAAUGGCAGAACCAUCCCUUAUCUACUCAACAGUAAGGCUUUUCUUAGAGUCAAGGGUUCAACAAGGUGGCAGUAACAUUCAGUAACUAGAGUAGUAAAGCUGGCAUUUUCUCAUCUUUAAAAGCAGAAGAAAAGCUGUCCCUUUUAAGGGGCAAUAUAAGAAGUUGGCUUACUUGCAUGACAUGCAGGUUGGUGGUUGUCUUUUUAUCUUGUAAUGCUUGUUGUAUUUAGUGUUUUAUCUGACAUAUCAAAUCUACGUCUAGAAAAUGCUUCUAGGAUAUGAUUUGAGUUGGAUGUUGUCACUUCUGUGGUAUGGGACUCAUUUUACCUGUGCCCAAAUUAAUCUCUCCGAGCAUACUGAUUAUUGCUUUCUGUACAAGUGGAUGGUCGGGAUUAAGGUGUGUAUUCUAGUGGGAAGCUGACGUGGUUGCCAUAUGUGUUGAAUGCCAACUGUGCUCAAGCUGCGUAGAGCCUUAGAUGGGCUUCGGAGUAUGAAUCUGUUUAUGGAGUCUGUAUAACUAACUAUAAUUACUGAUUCAGUCCUGAAUGAAGUCAUUGAGAAACAUUUUCAAAUUA